AACGCUCCCCCAUUUUAAGUUUUUUUCAAGCAUGUGCGUUUCCAUAAUGGUCCAUCUACGCAAUUUAUAAACCUCUAUCGGCUAAUGAUCUUCUUGACGUGAAGCUGUUCGUUUUAAAAACAUUCCUUUUCCUACUUCUUUAAAUAUUAAAAAUGACCGACGAAGUAAACCCAAAAGCUUAUCCACUCGCUGAUCCAACAUUAACAGCAUCAAUCCUUGAUUUAGUGCAGCAAGCUGCAAAUUACAAACAACUACUCAAAGGAGCAAAUGAGUCUACAAAAGCUUUAAAUAGAGGAAUCGCUGAAUUUAUUGUUAUGGCGGCUGAUGCUGAACCAUUAGAAAUUUUAUUGCAUUUACCCCUGUUGUGUGAAGAUAAGAAUGUACCAUAUGUGUUUGUGCGCUCAAUGCAAGCCCUUGGUAGAGCUACUGGCGUCUCACGUCCUGUUAUUUCAUGUGCUGUCACAAUCAACGAAGGAUCACAACUAAAAAGUCAAAUUCAAACAAUUCAGCAAGCUAUUGAAAAACUUCUUAUUUAAUUUUUUAGAUCCUUGAGAACAUGUACUUAUUCUUUAUAUAUAUUUAUAAUAAUAUCAAAAAGAACAAAAUA